AUGGUGCCCGCAACCACUGCGCUCUUGGCCUGGGGUCCACCCGCGUGGCUCCUCGUGGUGGUUAUCGCGAUGCGCCGUGCACCGUGGAGCGAAGCCCCGCGCACCUCGGAGGGGCUUGGCGGCCUCUCUGGCCUGGCAGUCUACGCGCUGCUUGUUCUGGCCCAGCACGCACUGCACUCUCUGUGUGCGCGGGGGGUCCUAGCGCACGAUCUGGCGCGAGGCGAAUUGACCAGGGAGGGCUGGGCUCGCAAGGUCGGGCGCGGAAAGUCUGUGGUGCUCGUCGCGCUCGAGGGCGACGCAGACGGCCGCGUCGUGGGCACAGUGGCCGUGAGGCUCACGGACCUGUGCGGAAGGCACGGCCCUGGCCGAGGAUGCUGUUCGUGCCGCCGCGCGGCCGCGCGGUCGCGGCGCGGCGAUGGCGGCGCCGCGUCGCUCUGGCACGCGGCGGUGGACCCGCGCGCCAGGAACCGGGGCACCGCCACAGCGCUCCUGCGCGAGGCCGAGGCCUGGGCCUCCGAGCGCCGCGCCCUCACGCUCGAGGCGCUCUGCCUGAGCGGCCCGGCCAAGGCCGCCUGCUGGAACGCGGGCUUCCAGCUGUGGAACGAUUGGAGCGGAAGGUUGCCGCUGGUGCCCGGCGUGUUCCUCAAGCAGGUGCCCGCGCACGAUCGCGCCCGUGCCCGCGCAGCUUGA